UCAAAACUCACUAGUUCUGAUUUCUUCAAUGGAAAGUAAACAUGUUCAUCAACAAAUCGCUGCAAUGAGACAAUCCUUCUUUGAUGAGGAGGUCUUAGAUGAAUUUUUUUCUCAAUUGGAGCAGCUAGAGGAUCAAAAUAACCCCAACUUUGUAGAAGAGGUGUUUACCAUGUACUUCAGAGACUCCACUACACUACUAGAAACUGUUGAACAAGCAAUGAAAACUAUCUCUAUUACUUUUGCUAAAAUGGACAAAAUCCUUCAUCAACUCAAGGGCAGCAGUGCCAGUGUCGGUGCUAAAAAAGUUCUAAAUGAGAUCAACAAGACAAGACAAGUUCUGGAGAAAGGAAACCUAGAAGGGACAAAAGCUGGCAUUUGGGAGAUGCGAAAGGAGUAUGAAAGUCUCAAAGCCAAGCUAGAACCCUACUUUCAGCUGAAGCAAGCAAACUCAGUGCCCCAAGAGAAGUGAUCAUAUGGUAGAGCUGAAAUAGAAGAUGGCAUUCCCUGCAAAUCCACCAUAAUAUCUUAUAUUGUGUUUAGUCUAUGAGUUAUCACAGUCAAUGUUCUUUCAACCAUGUUUCGAUUAAAUUAAACAGCAAGAGUGUUAAUUGCUUCAUAUAAUAAAAGGAUUCUCAGGUUUUGAAUUAUAGGCCAUUUAAUGGCUAUUGAUUCUUUA